AGGCGAAUAUCCCACGCACUCCUGUCGAAAAAGUAUCAGAUAAUAAAACUUACCUAUGAUCAGAAAAUCUAUACUUCUGCUUACGUCAAGCGCCGGCGUAUCGACGUCGCUUGAAAUUCAAUUCGAUAUACAUUAAAAUUUACAUUCAAAGAGCUAUGGGUGUCGGAGUGUUGGUGUUCUUCUUUUCGAUUCUUUUGGUUUCAUCGCGACAGUUCGAAUUUAAACAUCACAACAAUGAGGAAUUAUUGCAAGUUUUGGAAGACGUCAACGCAAAGUGUCCGAAUAUUACGAGAAUUUAUACGUUAAGCGAGACGUCCGUGCUUGGAGUUCCUCUUUAUAUUAUAGAGUUUUCAACUGAACCGGGCCAUCAUGAGAUAAUGAAACCAGAAUUCAAAUACAUAGGAAACAUGCAUGGAAAUGAAGUCCUUGGUCGAGAACUUCUGCUAAAGUUGGCCGACCAUUUGUGCGAAGAAUACAAAAAUGGCAACUUAAAUAUUCGGGCACUGAUAGAGAACACUCGCAUGCAUAUAAUGCCUAGUAUGAAUCCUGAUGGUUGGCAACUGGCAACUGACACGGGAGGACUGGAUUACGUUCUGGGGCGUUUUAACAACAACUCAAUAGAUCUCAAUAGAAAUUUUCCGGAUUUGGACCGAAUUAUGUUUAUAAAUGAGGAAAAUCACAUUGACAAUAAUAAUCAUAUAUUAAAUCAAGUGGAUCGCUUAUCCCAACCUCUUCAACCUGAAACGAAAGCUGUUGUGCGACUAAUAAUGCAAAUUCCAUUUGUCUUAUCUGCAAAUUUGCAUGGAGGGGACUUGGUGGCGAAUUAUCCUUAUGAUGAAAGUAGAUCUGGUGUGCCCCAAAAUGAAUAUUCAACUUCGCCUGAUGACGCUACAUUUAAGCAUUUAGCACUGGCAUACUCUACAGCGCAUGCAGAUAUGGCAAGUCCGACCAGAAGAGAGUGUAGCGAUUCGGAAAACAAUGGAUUUACACGGCAAGGCGGUAUUACAAACGGCGCUAAGUGGUACAGUUUAGAAGGAGGAAUGCAAGAUUUCAAUUACCUAUCCAGUAACGCGUUUGAACUAACCUUAGAACUCGGAUGCGAAAAAUAUCCUGCAGAAAACGUACUGGAAACGGAAUGGGAGAGAAAUAAAAAAUCUUUGGUAAACUUCAUAUGGCAGAGUCACAUUGGAGUAAAAGGUAUCGUCUAUGAUAGUAUAACAAAGCAGGGAAUACCAAAUGCAAUCAUUCAUGUAAAAAACGUUACCGGAGGCAUAUCUAAGGACAUUCAACACGACAUAACGUCAGUUUAUGAUGGUGACUAUUUUCGGUUACUUAUUCCUGGCCAGUACAAAAUAACAGCAUAUAAAAAUGGGUAUUUACCACACACGAGACUUGUAACGGUUCUUGAUACACCCUUCAUGGUCGCGCAAAGAGUAGACUUUGGACUUAAACCAAUUUCGGUACCAUAUAUGGUUGACCAACCAGAAGAUUCCCAAAAUUCUAAUGACGAAUAUGGCAAUAAUUUGAGGCAAUGGAUGACUUGGAAUCGAAGGCAGGAUCAACUAUCAGAAGAAUAAACGUUUACGCUGUACAAAAAUAGUUUUCCCUUGUAAAUGACUAUAAUCUAUUUUCGUUUAAGAUUAAAAAUUUUAUGUCAAUGACGAGUUCAGAAUUUUUGUAGAAUAAUUAUUAAUGUAUGGGUAAUAAUAAACGCACACUGCCUGUUA